AUGGGUGCCGCUUAUGAACGACGAUAUUGGAGCACGACUAAGGGAAUUCCAUCGACGUUUCAGCUUAUAAAAGCCAUUCGGGACACAGUUCAGGAGACCGACGAGGGGAGAUCAACAUGGAACAACUUCAUUCUGAAUGAAGCCUCCAUCAUAGUUCAAACCGAGACCCCUCCAAGUGGCCUUUAUCCCAAGGGCAGCUUUUACAGCUCAAAAAAAAUUAAAGCAGAUUUUUUUGAUUCAGAUGCGAAGGACCAGCGCGACAAAAAGCUUGUAGAAGAGUAUAUGCCCUUCCUAUUCAAACUUGUCACAAAUAAGAUGCGAAUAGAUUUGACCCCAACUAGCAAUUCAGAGGACUGUGAUGAUGAAGAUGAGCCUCUUGAAGAGUCUGAAAAUGAGGAGUGUGCACCCGAUCUCUAUGGUGAUGGGCCAGAUGCUCGGAAAGACCAUCAGCAACGAGUGAUCACUACCAUUAUAAAACAGACUGGAAAAACUAUUUGUGCCAUGGUUGCUUUUCUCGCCAAUCGGAGGCACAAUGCUCUUCAACUUUCAAACAGCUUGACAUUCUUGCCUUGUGGCGUUUCUGAACGGGUCAACAAAUACUUACAACAGAUCGGUCUGACUUCGUCUCGAAAAACAGCUCUUUCGGCAUUGAAGACCCUUGGAAAAGCGGCUUUGUCUAAUAUCUCACAGAAGCUAGCAAACAGAUCAAACGACCCAAUUACUCCUUUCCUCUGCAUUGAUAACCUAGAUUUUGAGCAGAGGGUUCACACAAAAUCUCAAGGACACGAUACGAAGAUGUUCCACGGGACAUGGGGUUACAUCCAUCAGCUCAACCCUGCAAUUACAGCCUCACUCUCGGCAGACAGUCUCAGUCUUCAAGCAUUCAAAGACGCCAUGUCAAACGCUGCAUCAGUCGAAAUACACCCUAAGCAACUCUACGGUGGCAUUGCUGAACACCUUCAUUGGAAGGAAGUCCUCAAAUCUCAGAUUGCCACGGUCCUCCUCAAAUACCUUGUCAAGCCAACCGACACACAAAUUGCUGUCCAAACCACCCCACCUACAGUCGACCAGAUCUCACAUACCCGACCCAAUAUCACCAUGCUGAAGUUGAUGGUGGCCUUGGAUGAGUCAUCUCAAGGAGUCUCUGAUGUCUUUGAUGGAAUUCUUCAACAGUCAUCAAUUUCUGAGGACAACUUCUACGACCGCUUACAAGUCAUUGAUGCUGACUUGGCAACCUGUAAAAACGUUCAAAGCCUGCGAAUCCUGCGAAUCCCAACCCAUCGUAAUGAAGAGAACCUCACAAGCCUUCUCACAGUACUCGGUGCUGCGCACACCCUCUGGAAUAUUGCUGGAGCAAUCUUUGCUCUCCACUUAGGAAAUGUGGCCGACAGUCGUGAUUCUGGUGCUUGGCGCUUCUUAGAUGCUCUUGGCAUUCCAUCCGACAAACCUAUCAACAAGAAAGACUACACUUUGAUGAUUCAGAACAUGGAAAAAAUCCAUGAAGCGACCAUAUGCCACUUCUUGAUGUAA